AUGAUUCGCUCCGCCCACCUGCCGGCCGAGCCCAAUCCCAUCCGAUGCCCGGGCUGCCCCUACUUUCUGGACACGCCCACCCAUCUCGUCACCGCCGUGGGAGCAGCGGCCAACCUCACCUGCGGCGUCAGGAUGCUCGGAGACCGUCAGGUAUCCUGGAUUCGCCGACGGGACCUGCACGUACUCACCACUGCCUCUUACACGUACACUACGGACUCCCGCUUCCGUGCCAUCCACGCCAGGAAGUCGCCGUACUGGGUCCUACGCAUCGACAACCCGACGGUGAACGACUCUGGGGUUUACGAGUGCCAGGUGUCAGCGCAGCCCAAGAUCUAUCGCCGGUUCCAUCUCUCUGUCGUGGUGCCACGUGCCACUAUCGUUGGCACCAGUGCCGUCUUCAUGAAGGCGGGGAGUGACAUCAAUAUCACCUGCAUUAUCACGGGAGCAAGUAAGGCGACGCCCGUUACCUGGUACCAUCCCCACCCAGGCAGCACCAUCAUGGAAGAGCUGAAUUCCGGGACACGAGGCGGCGUCCAGCUGGUGACCGACAGGCGGGCGGGGACCAGCUGGCUGCUCGUCACCCAGGCCACGUGGAGAGACGCUGGGAACUACACGUGCGCCCCCGCCCACGCCACGCCCGCGUCGGUGUCGGUGCAUAUACUUGAUGUAUAUGAUUUGUUCAAGUUGACUCUUGACCGGACAAGAGAUCAUGGUCCCGUUAUUGGACUCCAAGACUUUAGCUACUGUUUCAUAUUCAAUCGUUAA